CUUUUUCCUCGGAGAGAAACAACAGCGGAGCGGCAGGAACAGAGUUGUGCGGUAUGCAGCGCGAGCACGAGAACACAGGGCUGUGGGAGGAGUUUCCGGAGGAUGGGAGUGCUUCCUCCUCUGGUCAGGAAGACCCGUUUGUCACCUGGUGGAACAGUGAAGUCGGCGGAGCUGGUGAUGAGCAUGCAGAUGCUAUGUCGCUGGACGAGGCAGGGACCGAGGGCGGCAGAGAACCUGUUGACGGAAUGGCAAUGACGGGCGAUGGUACAGAGGCGGUGGACGCCUGUUGGGCGUGCGAGGAGCUUGAAGCGUGUGAGGAAGGGAGCGCGAGUGGUGCGCGGAGGGCGGAGACCGUGUUGGAGCUUCGGGGGACCUUGGUGCUCGACAACGGGAAGGAGGAGGCGACUGAUUUGUGUGUGUACGCGCUGGCUUGUUGCGGUGCACCGGAGUUGUGGUGGGCCACCUGUAUUGCGGGACAGCCUGAACUUUCUGGUCGCUCGUGGAGUGGGAUACGGUACCAGGGCGAGGACUUGAGUCGUUUUGUGCCGCAGGGUGCGAGGAAGCGCAGGGCAUCUGGUGACCCCCUGGUUGGGGGCGUGGUAGAGCAGAUUAACGAGAUGGCUUUGAAAGCUGUGGACAGGGAGUGCGACAGCUGCAGCUUUGAGCUCAUGCUCUGCUAUGGAGAUAGAGUGUUGAUCUUCUCGCGUGGAUGUGCGUGAGGGCGCGGAGUCGCUGUGGUGGGAACCUCUUUGGUGCGGUAUGUACGGCCGUGGAGGCCUGACGGGGUAUCGUCUUUCUGGGCGAAGUCAUGUGUGCAGUUUCGCACGCUUCUCUGUCGUGCCUAGGUGAGGCUCGCCUUCCCUGAGAGAGAUGCAGAGGGUAGUCUCUGUAGUGUGGGCACUCUUCCGUCGCAGUUGCUGUUCGCGCCGCUGUCCCCAGGAUUAGGCUAUGGUGUUGGAGCACCUUGCAUCGUUUGCGAUGGGCUUUCGUAGGGACGGGAUGCGUAGCCGAGGAGUGGAACUUGUAGAACAAUGCGAGUAGCCGUGUG